AUGUUAAAUACCAGGGCCAGCUCCCCCUGGUCAGUCUGGAGGUCCUGCUUCUCAGUCAACAUGAAGGCUCUCCUCAUUCUGGGGCUUCUCCUCCUUUCUGUCGCUGUCCAGGGCAAGAUAUAUGAGAGGUGUGAGCUUGCCAGAACUCUGAAAAAACUUGGAUUGGAUGGCUAUAAGGGAGUCAGCCUGGCAAACUGGAUCUGUUUGACCAAAUGGGAAAGCAGUUAUAAUACAGAAGCUACAAACUAUAAUCCUGGAAGCGAAAGCACUGAUUACGGGAUAUUUCAAAUCAAUAGCCGCUACUGGUGUAAUAAUGGCAAAACCCCAGACGCAGUUAACGGCUGUGGUAUAUCCUGCAGCGUUUUGCUGACAAAUGACAUCAGUGAAGCUGUAAAAUGUGCAAAGAAGAUUGUCAGUGAGCAAGGCAUUACAGCAUGGGUGGCGUGGAAAAAUCAUUGUCGAGACCGAGAUCUCAACAGUUACGUUGAGGGUUGCGGAGUGUAACUGUGGAGUUUUCUUUCUUCAGCUCAUUUGUCUCUUUUUCAUAUUAAGGUUUUCAUAUUAAGGAAGUAAUAGUUGAGUGAAAGGUCAUACUAUCAUUCUUUCAAACAAAUAAUGUUUUCACAAAAGCAGGAGCAUGUAGUCUUUCUUCUAAGAGGCUUAAUGUUUAAUGAGUUUAUUGUUUGAUAGGCCAACAAUAUUUUUCAGUUUGCUAACAGAACUAAUGCUGGUGAAUAUUUGUCUAAAGUUGUAAUUAUCAAAUAUAUCUCCAGUACAUUCAGUUCUUAACCAGAGAAAUAACCCAGACUUAAUCUUGAAUGACAGAAGUACUCCCCAAUAUGUAAUAAAAAUACAAGAAAAGAAUAUCUUUAAACACAUUGAUUUUAGGCAAAAAUCCCAGCUGUGUACACAUGUGACCCCCUUCAUCUGUUCUGUCAUCUCCAAAAACUGUAAAAGAUAACCAGUCUUUGUUGGGCAGUAAUAUUUUAAACAGGAGUAGAAUGCCCAAUGGCUAAAAAUGAAAACAGCUGGAAUGAAGAACUUGGUUUCACAAAAAGUGUGACGUUUGGCUUAAAUGUUUUCUUAGAAAUAAACUCACAAUUUACACAUCAGUUUAUUUUAGACCUUUUUAAAGAAUUCAUUUAUGCAUCUUGCUGAUCAUGAAGGAAUAUAAGGAGGGAUUAGAUGGGCUGUUGCUUUUCCUUAAUGUUAUUUGCUUAGAUUCAUGCAUUAUGACUAAAUUCAGAGACAGA